UUCGCCGGGCCGCUCGAGCCGAAGCGAGCGCGAAGUCCGAAGUCCACCCCCGGCGCCGCCAACUUCCCCGGGAGCCCCUCGCCCCACUGCAGCCUGCGCCGGCGCUCGGAGCGAUGCGCCCCCAGCCGGGCGGCGCGCCCUCUGCCAACUCGCCACCCAUGGGAUCGACUGCCCUCGGCUGCCCCGCUUGGAGCGCGUAGCCUUAGCCGCGUGGCCCGGGAGACGAGCGAGACACCCAGGCGUUGCACGGAUUCCACGCGCGCCGGUCUGCGGGGGUCCCCUCCGGGGGCGGCGUUCACGCCCAGGGACGUGGAAGAAACCUCUGUCCUCAGAAGGCAGUGCUGGAACCCGUGUGGAGGUUAAGAAAACUAUCCCCUUGGUGGUGGCUUGAGGAGAUUAUCUCAACCUCAAUGUUGCCCUGAAAUUGGUGUUGAAGAUUCAAGAAGAUUAGGACUGCUAAGAUGCCUCAGGAACAGUACACACACCACCGGAGCACCAUGCCCAGCUCUGAGGGGCCACAGGUAUACAAGGUGGGCAUUUAUGGCUGGCGGAAAAGAUGCCUGUAUUUCUUUGUCCUACUCCUGAUGAUCUUAAUACUGGUGAACUUGGCCAUGACCAUCUGGAUUCUCAAAGUCAUGAACUUCACAAUUGAUGGAAUGGGGAAUUUGAGAAUCACAGACAAAGGUCUAAAACUAGAAGGAGACUCCGAAUUCUUGCAACCUCUCUACGCCAAAGAAAUCCAGUCCCGACCAGGUAAUGCCCUGUACUUCAAAUCAGCCAGAAAUGUUACAGUGAACAUUCUCAACGACCAGACUAAAGUGCUAACUCAGCUCAUAACAGGUCCAAAAGCCGUAGAAGCGUAUGGCAAAAAGUUUGAAGUAAAGACAGUUUCUGGAAAAUUGCUUUUCUCUGCAGAUAACAAUGAGGUGGUGGUGGGAGCUGAGAGAUUAAGAGUUUUAGGAGCGGAGGGCACAGUGUUCCCUAAAUCUAUAGAGACACCUAAUGUCAGGGCAGACCCCUUCAAGGAACUAAGGUUGGAGUCCCCAACCCGGUCUUUGGUAAUGGAGGCCCCAAAAGGAGUAGAAAUAAAUGCAGAAGCUGGCAACAUGGAAGCUACCUGCAGAACAGAGCUGAGGCUGGAGUCCAAAGAUGGAGAGAUUAAGUUAGAUGCUGCGAAAAUCCAACUACCUAGACUGCCUCACGGAUCCUACACACCUACAGGAACGAGGCAGAAGGUCUUCGAGAUCUGCGUCUGCGCCAAUGGGAGAUUAUUCCUGUCCCAGGCAGGAACUGGUUCCACUUGUCAGAUAAACACAAGUGUCUGCCUUUGAGAGACCAUCCAUAGUGGACGUUGCUGGUAGCAUAAAGGCCGUUUUUGGCUUUAGACACUGGUUGCCAGCUAUUUUUACUAGAACACAGAAAGCCUAUCAAAGACCUUGUGUGUGUGUGUGUGUGUGUGUGUGUGUAUGCACAUGCGUGCACGUGUGUGUGUAUGUGUGUGGGUGGAUAUAAAUAUAUAUAAAUAUAUAUAAAUAAAUAUAUAUAUCCUCUGUAUAAAAUGAGGUUUCAGUACAAAAGGAACCAUGGGUGACCCUGUGAUAUCCACUGUCAUUUCCAUGUCAACCCCACCACAUACAUGAUAAAAUCAAAACACCGAUUCAGGCCCAGUAUUCCCUUCAAAGUCACACAGUGUGUCAGACAUUUACUGAAUAUUCACCGACAUAUUUGAGUAGCUGCAUAUCUUGCACUUUAGUGUCAUUUACAGGGCAGUGAUGGCGGGAAUCUCCAAGUCACACUCAAGCACUGAGACUCUCGUAUUGAAAUAGACAUUUCAUUUCCAUUUUUAGCUUUAGGAAGGCUGGCCAACUUUCCCCUCUUCAAGUGAGGGAUGGGGGCAGUGCCAUAGAAGUCAGCUGUAGGAACUCAAAGUGGUUGUUCUCUCUUCGUAGCCAAAUGUAUUGGGGCUUUUGUUAGUUGGAUGAAUGUGGAGGAUGAAUAUUAGUGAAGUUUGAAGUGCUCACCCAAUGCCUGCUAUCUUCCUUCAAAAUCACAUAUUAUCCCACAGUCAAAAUAGGAGUUGUAAAUCAGCACAAAAAUAGGCUAACAGCUGCUUCUCAGUUGGCUGGAAGCUACUCAUUGGCCUGACAGGCAAAGAAUAAAUGGGUGAUAGGUCUCUGUUUAAAGGAAAAAAUGGCUCAAGAUCUGUUCCAUCCUCUUUUUUGACUUCAUUCAGUAGCCCCAAAUGAUCAGGUCAAUCAAAAUCCUUAAGACUGGAAUCCCCAUCCCAAGAGAAGACAUUUAGGGAUGGAAACCUAAUUAAGAGUAGCAUGGAAAGCCUAAUUAAUUUUUAUGUUUCUUGGGAUUUGCAGGUAAUUUAGAGAUGCCUUUUAUUUCUAAAGGCAUGCACAAACUUUGGCUUCAAUCUUCUUCUAUAUAUUUUUCGUUGGGAUAUUCAUUUUCCUAAAUCAUUAUGUUUUCUCUAAGAAUAGUGACCCAAGAAUCACAAAUCUAAAAUACAUGCCCCCAGAAAUGGUCACUAGAAAGUAACAUAAACUGAGUUAUGUAUCUCUCUCAGACUCGCUGUGUUCCCGUGACCCAGCAGCACCACUACCUGAUAUGUGGAAGCAGCUCCCUAGUUCCCGCCAUCAGCUACCUCUCAUCCCUUCACCUUCAUCAUCGUGCUCCAGGGUCACCCUGGCCAGCUCUUGUGCUGGGACAGGGGAUACACCAUCUCUGUUCAAAGAGGGGGAAAUGUGCCUAUGCCUUAAGUCAAUGCACUCAGCAAGGAGAAGCACAUCCUAUUUAUCUUGUUGUUACCUGUAGUUUAUUUUGGGUGAUUGGAGGGGGAUGGUUUAGUCAUGAGUGGGCAUCUUAAAAUCUCAUAGACAAACCAAGUGGCCAACAGACAUGGACUCUCAGGAGCCCAGUGGAAUGAUAACUGGUUUAGACGGUCCUGGAUGCCAUUUGGCAAGCAUUGGCCCCACAAUCCUAAAUGAAGUCAUAUUUGUAGGCCUGAAUGGCAUUUGUUUUUUCUUCAAGGUUUUAAUUUUUCUUACUUCACAAGCAGGGGAAGAUUUGACAUAGGAAAUGAAUAAGAGAUUUGGUAGUUUUGAGAGGACACUCAAGCAUCAGGCUGAGGUUUGCAUACAAAGGAUAUAAAGGCAAGCUGGGUGUUGCUUAGUCACUUAGGAGUGAGUGGGUGAGCGCUGGAGAGAAAAGAGGUUUCCUAGCCUGAUCAGCAGCCCUGCUGGCUUCCAGACCCCAUACUCUCUCCAGGCACUCCUCCUCAGUAUCCUAUGUAGAAUAAUUGAGAUGUUCAACGGCAAAACUACUUAGUUUGUAACAUUAGAGUCUAAAAAGGAAAACCCUAAGAAGAUAGCAAGUUGCUCUGGAUUGGUAUUAUUUAUAUCCUGUAGGAUCAUACUGCCAGAAUUUGCAUGUUCUACAUACAGGGUUUUGUCCAAUAGGAGAGCCCCCCCCCCUUGGCUAUAAGGAACACCUACCCCAUAUCAUUCAGACAGUAGUAGCUAUGAGGCUCUCCAUGGCUAAAUACCUUAACACAGUAUUUUUAAGCAGACAGACCAUCUUUGCAUUUUGCCAUCUCAAGUACAUAAUCAAUGGAUAAUAAGAAAACAAGGUUCCCUGAACCUCUUUCCUCUGAUUUUGUUCUAAUCAUCAUAUGAAAUUCUGAGAUCAGCACCUUGGUGAUUUUAUGCCCAUAAAAAAGCGAGGUGAUCCCACUUGCAGAAUUUAAUCCUAAAGGUAAUCAGAUCACAAAUAAGAUAAUAAUAGCAAACCAAGAAUAGAAAUCAAGCAUCUAUGAAGGACAGACAUGAUCAAAACUUCUGAUUUUCAUUUGUGCUAAGUGACCACGUAAUAUACCACAUAAUAGGCAGGAAACUUGGCAUCGUCUAAAUUAUAUAUUUCAGUUCAGACUAUAGAAUUCAGUAUAAUGCAAUCAAAGUUUUGUUCUCCCAACUUCCUCCAACUAGAAUAUUUGUCUGUGGUCAGUGGUUAUGAGACAAGGUUUUAAUUCUCGGGAAAGAAAUCUACAUUAAAAUUCUAUAAACUUUAAUUUUAAAAACUGGGAUUCUUUCUAAUCUUUAUAUAUAAUAUAUUCUGGACAAUCACACUCCAGUAUAUUAAGCAGCAGGUGGUGUAAAAAAGAGUUCAAGUGAAUCUUUAAUAUUAUAGAAGUUCUAGUAUGCUAAUAUUCUUCAGAUUUUUAAAAAUUAAAAAGUGAUCUCCAAAUAUGUUUAGCACUCAGUACUAUUUGUUAUCUGUUCAAUAAGUCAUAAAAUUUCAGUCUUAAGAAACUACUAGCAUAUGACUAAGGUUUUCAAAAGCCCUUAUGGUGGCAUCUCUGUAGGUGGAAACUUGGUAUGAGGCUUUCUAAUUGCUCUGUUACCCAAGGGAUAGAUCUUAUCAACUUGAAUUGGCUUUAACUUCCUUUAGGUCAGUUUCUUUGGAUGAUUUUCAUUGUAUAUCCAGCAACCAUAGACCAAAGAUUGCUUAAAGUUUAACUCUAGAGCAGGGGUCAGCAAACUGUGGUCCCUAGACCAAACCUGGCUCAUCACCAGUCUUUGUAAAUAAAGUUUUAUUGUAACACAGACAUAUCCAUUCAUUUCCAUGUUGUCUGUGGCUGAUUUCAUUCUUUAACAGUAGGGUCGGGUAACUGUGCCAGAGACCUCAUGGCCUGCAAAGCAUAAAAUACUAUUUGGACCUUUCCAGAAAAGUUUGCUGGCCCCAACAAAGAGGUCAUUUGUGCUAUGUGUUGGACACAGCUGGAAAGAAAGUAAACUCCACAGUAGCAUGGAGUAGCCCUACAUGUAUAUGUGUGCUUAGGAAUAUAGAUACUUGCCUAUAGAAGAAAAGGUCAGUCUUAUGUUACAUGUAAAAGUGAUCCACUUGUCUGAGAAAUGCAGGUUCACAGGAUUCUUGCAAGAAGGGAGGAUGGAAUCAGGGGGAGACUUAGUGCAAAAGGAAAGCUGUGAUCCUCCAAGAGUUUUUUUUUUCCUUAGGACCCUUAACAGAGAAGUGGUUCCCUGGUCACCAUCUUAUAGGACCAGAAGAGAGAUGGAAGUGCUAUGAUUUAUAUUUACAAUCUUUCUCCUGAAGAGACUGUUUCUGCAAUGUCACAGGUUUUCUACUUCACCAUCACAUAUUCCAGAAAGAUGCCCAUUCCAUGGUCCUCCAGAGACUAUUUUUAACCGAGCAGGUCUUGUUGACAUCAAUCAACUCAGUUAUUUACACCUCCAGUGCACUUGCCAUUCCUAUGUCCCUCCCCGGCCUGAAGGGUUGGUGGGACCAAUAAAUAAUAUUGGAAGAAUAAUAAAUACUGGGAAAAAAGAAAUAUUGGAAGCAGCAUUUUAAAAUACGUAGGAAGAAAAAAAUAUAAUAAACGUCUUUCAUGAAGGUGUUUAGUGGGGAAAUGAGAUCAAUGCCAGUUUGAUUUUGUUUUCAAGAAUUUGGUCUUUGUUCUUUGGUGUAGCAAGAGUGAAAAAAAAAAAAAGAUCUAUUUUGAAUUCCAGUAUCUCUGCCUCUGUGUAGUAUGGCAAGUUCCUACCAGAGAUUUGUCUUUACAGUCAACAUCCCUACUGCUAAAUCCAUACUUCUAUUCAAUAUUAUUAAAACAGCAUCAGUAAUGACAGUCUUUGUAAGCAUGAGUGUUCAUAUGUCAGAAAAGAAAGUUGUGGUUUUUUUUUUUAAUAAAAACAGCCACCACUUACCAGAACCUAAUCAACAUCACUUAAAGAGCCCUUUUGCAUUUUAUCUGGAUUCAACCAAGAGGAUUAAAUUGGCAACACUGCCCUCCACAGAAGCAACUACAUGAGAAUAUCUUGCUUUUGUUUAUUUUAGGCAAAAGGUAGCAUGAUGUUUGAACCAAAUAGGUGAAAAAAUCCAUGUAAGCACCUGAUCCUUGUUUUUUAAGGCUCUGUGAGAGGAGAAUCUCAUUUAAGUAAGUU